GCCCCGGAAGCGUGGCGCGGGAAGAAGCGGAAGGGCCGGUGUGAGGCCCAGGCACCAUGGGCCGCUCCCGCAGGACCGGCGCUCACCGGGCCCACUCCUUGGCCCGCCAGAUGAAGGGAAAAAGGCGGCGUCCCGACCUGGACGAGAUUCACCGGGAGCUUUGGACCCACGAAGCCCGGCCCGACCCCGAUCUGCCCGGCAGCGGCCAGCACUACUGCCUGGCCUGCGCGAGAUACUUUGUGGAUGCCAAGAGUCUAAAGAGUCACUUCAAAUCCAAGGAUCACAGGAAAAGGCUGAAGCAGCUCAGCGAAGAGCCCUACACCCAGGAGGAGGCAGAGCGGGCAGCGGGCAUGGGCUCCUAUGUGCCCCCACGCCGGGUCGAGGUGCCCGACCAGCAGAUGGAAGAGUCGUCCUGACUUUACCCAUCCCCUUCCCGGCGUGCCCGGCAGGACGAGGUUGGCUCUGCGCCCCGGCCGGCUCACGAAGAGACACUGAUUCCACGGGUGCCAGGCUUGGCCGGCUGGACCGUUCCCCCCGCGCCACCUGAAUAAAGGAGCCGGGCAGCCCCUGGUUUGCCCACCUCAUUCAUUCA